CGACUUCCGGUAGAUUGCCGGACCUAUGUGGGAGACGGACAGGAAACAGCGUGAGGUUACCGAAGUCUGCUCUGAAGUGUUGCUCCUGAUCACUCUCUUAAAAGUCCUCAGAGCUGUCGGUGCACUGCAGACAAGAUGUUGAGAAACGCCUCUGCACAGAUCUUCAGGCAGGUGGUGAGAUAUAGGAGCACAGACACCAGCCUUAUCCUGGAAAGAUCGAUAAACCGGGUGCAACUGUUGGGCCGAGUGGGUCAGGACCCGGUGAUGAGACAGGUGGAGGGUCGUAACCCCGUCACCAUCUUCUCAAUAGCGACUAAUGAAAUGUGGCGCUCUGGAGAGGGAGAGACAAACGCAACAGGUGACAUCAGUCAGAAGACGACGUGGCACAGAGUGUCCGUAUUCAAACCAGGUCUGAGAGACGUGGCUUACCAGUACGUGAAGAAAGGUUCCAGGAUCCUGGUGGAGGGGAAACUGGACUACGGAGAAUACGUGGACAAGAACCAAGUCAGACGUCAGGCCACCACCAUCAUCGCAGACAACAUCGUCUUCCUGAGUGACAACAUUCGAGAAAGAACCUGAAGCCCUCUCCUCUUUGUCUCCACCCGACAAGACAAAUUCUUCUUUUCUUUUUUUCUCUUGUUUAUACAAAAAUAAGACUGGGAACCUGAAGUUAACCAAGUAAAGGACUCAGCCAAAGAGAAGAAGGGACAGGAUAAACUGCGACACUCACGUCAUUAACUGUGGCACUUCCUGCUGGCUAAAAGCAUCAAGAGAAGCAGAAAGAACCCACCUGUGAAGUAUAAAAACACACAUUGAUUGCAUCGAUUAUUUCAUUGUGUUACCUGUACAAUAAUGUUGCAAGGAUAGAUCUCAUGCCCUGUUUGCAAGUUUUAUGUGUGAGAUAAUGUUGGAAAUAAGAGUUAGAGAGAUGAAAAUACACUGAGAGAAAGUUUCACUGUAUUAGCAGAUUCAGUACAAGAGGUUGUAGAAGUUGUUGUUAUGAUUUGUUUGCAUCAGUUCAUACAACAUCUCUUCAGCCUCAAUAAAGAACAAAUUGUUUCUUGGUUAAGGAAGACGAUACAUUUCUUGAAUUCAUCUUUAAGGACAUAUUUGCAGCUGCAAGUUAUCCAUAGUUAUUUCACAGGAUUUGUUAACUAUUGGAGAAAUACAGGUUAUCAACAGAUGUAUUAUUUAAACAAAGUGAAGCAUUUGUUGCACCGGUCUGAUUUGUCUGUGUUAAAUGUAUUUCUUGCACUUCUCUUUAUGCAAAUAUCUUGUGAAAGAAGGUGGUUUAACUGGACAGAAAUAUGCAGAUGAUUUGAAACUCUUUAGAGUAAAAAAAGACGAGUAAGAGACAAGCAUGCAGGACGCACGUUCAAUUAAUUUUGCCAUUUUCUUCUCGUUCCUCCUUUAUUUUUGUUUUUGUGUUCAUAACCCUGAGGAGUACAGAAAUACAGGACAUUGUUUGUUUUCUAGUGUGAUAUCUACUCGUGUUUUCUGCUUUGUCACUUUUCUGUCAGUUGUUAUCUCUCUGAUCUGGGCACCAUUUCCUUCCUAGGCCGAGACCAGUUCUAUCUAUCAUCACUGUUGGUUAAUUUCUCUGUAAUGGUCGUUAUAAUACACCUUUUUUUCUAAAA